CUUGAUAAACAGCUUAGCAAUGUUGCUUCUAUUCCUGCUCUAUGGGGCUGCAUGCUUUCUCCUGCCUGCAAAGGGCGAGGUGGUGCAGGAUUUUAAAAACUGCCUGGAGUUCUUCUUGGACAAGAUGCCCCCUGGACAGUCCUUGACGCCACCCAAUGAAGCCAAGAUCUGCCAGUUCUACCAGAACGCCUAUCGCUUUGCCACCUUGUAUGACCGAGAGAAGCGCAUUCCUAUAUACUCCGCUUAUAAGUGCAAACCUGGGAAGGGAAAUCGAUAUCAUGGCUGGAUGAUAGAGCCCCAGCUUGUAGAUCCCACCUUAGGAAAGAGCAUGGAAGAUGAGCGUGAAACCAACAUUCCUGCUGCAGGGAUUAAGAAGAACCAAGCCACUUUCAACGAUUACGUUUACGCCUUAAACAUUGAAAAGGGACACUUGAACCCGGUUAGCCACCAACCUGAUGAAGACAGCAGAGCGGCCACUUCCACCUUGACUAACAUUGUGCCCCAGUUUAGCAAACUUAACGAGGACACAUGGGCUGGCUACGAAAGCCGGAUCAAGAAGGAAGCCCUGGCUUGCCCUGAUAUGUACGUUAUUGUUGGAGUUGUGCCCGGGGAUGAGUAUAUAUCAGACCUCAGGGUUAAUAAGCCCAGCCACAUCUGGUCAGCAGCUUGCUGCGUACAUGAUAACCGGCACAGGAAAUCGUGGGCUGCCCUUGCAAAGAAUAACGAGAAUGAAGUAAAGGAAUUCAGUCUGGAGAAUCUCCAGAAAGUGCUUGCUGAACUUUAUGGGAAGGAGACAGUGGACCUUUUCAACAGUUCCUGUAACUAGUGUGCAGCUGGGGGUGAGGGGUGAGCUGGUUUCCCCCCCACAAGAGAUAUGAAAGACAUACAACAGGAGUGGGGAGCCUGUGGCCCUCUAGAUGUUGCUGAACAACUCCCAUCAUUUCUGGCCACUGGCCAUGCUUUCUGGGGCUGAUGGAGUUGCAGUUCAGCAGCAUCUAUAGGGCCAAAGGUUCCCCACACCUGAUGACAAAGGUCAUCUCCAACAAGUUCAUCAUGCUAUUGAUUCUGUUCACAGGUUUUGAAGUUCUCCCAAAAAAGAAAUGGGUGGUUCCGAAACAGUAGAGGGUUUUUUUUA